UGAGGGGCCUGCGGGCCGCCCGCCCGCCCACUGCGCCGCCGCCAUGAAGAGGCAGAGCGAGCGAGACUCCAGCCCGAGCGGGCGCGGCUCGUCAUCGUCCGCCAAGCGGCCACGGGAGCGCGAGCGGGAGGCGGAGGCGGGCGGGCGGCGGGCGGCGCACAAGGCCUCGGGCGGCGCCAAGCACCCCGCUCCAACGCGGGCCCGCGACAAACCCCGCGGUAGCGGGGGCGGCGGGAGUGGGCAUCGCGACGGACGCGGCGCCGGGGACGCUAAUCACCGUGUAAGCAGUGGCCGCUCCUCGGGCUCGGGCGCCGGCGGCGGGGGACGCGGCGGGAAGGCCUCGGGGGACCCGGGAGCCUCAGGUGCGUCGCCGCGCGCGUCCCCGCUGCCACCACCUCCGCCGCCGCCCGGGGCUGAAUCUGCGGGUCCCGGCUCGUCUGCGGCCGCGCCCGAGUACAAGACGUUGCUCAUCAGCAGCCUGAGCCCUGCGCUGCCCGCCGAGCACCUCGAGGACCGGCUCUUCCACCAGUUCAAGCGCUUUGGCGAGAUCAGCCUGCGCCUGUCGCACACGCCUGAGCUGGGCCGCGUGGCCUACGUGAACUUCCGGCACCCGCAGGACGCGCGCGAGGCCCGUCAGCACGCCCUGGCCCGCCAGCUGCUGCUCUACGACCGCCCGCUCAAGGUGGAACCGGUGUACCUGCGCGGCGGCGGCAGCGGCGGCGGCGGCGGCGGCGGGAGCAGCCGGCGUAGCAGCAGCAGUAGCGCCGCGGCCUCCACCCCUCCCCCGGGGCCGCCCGCGCCCGCCGACCCUCUCGGCUACUUGCCUCUGCACGGCGGCUACCAAUACAAACAGCGGUCGCUCUCCCCUGUCGCCGCCCCGCCGUUGCGGGAGCCCCGCGCCCGCCACGCCGCGGCAGCCUUCGCCCUCGAUGCUGCAGCUGCCGCGGCGGUAGGUCUAUCCCGGGAGCGGGCCCUGGACUACUACGGACUGUACGACGAUCGCGGGCGCCCCUACGGCUACCCAGCAGUUUGUGAGGAGGACCUGAUGCCUGAGGACGACCAGCGGGCCACGCGCAACCUCUUCAUCGGGAACCUGGACCACAGCGUGUCUGAGGUGGAGCUGCGACGGGCCUUCGAGAAAUACGGCAUCAUUGAGGAGGUGGUCAUCAAAAGGCCUGCCCGUGGCCAGGGCGGUGCCUAUGCCUUUCUCAAGUUCCAGAACCUGGACAUGGCUCACAGGGCUAAGGUGGCUAUGUCGGGCCGGGUGAUUGGCCGCAACCCCAUUAAGAUAGGCUAUGGCAAGGCCAACCCCACCACUCGCCUCUGGGUGGGUGGCCUGGGACCUAACACCUCCCUGGCCGCCCUAGCCCGGGAGUUUGACCGCUUUGGGAGCAUUCGGACCAUUGAUCACAUCAAAGGCGAUAGCUUUGCCUACAUCCAGUACGAGAGCUUGGACGCGGCCCAGGCUGCCUGUGCUAAGAUGAGGGGCUUUCCCUUAGGUGGUCCGGACCGCAGGCUGCGGGUGGAUUUUGCCAAAGCAGAGGAGACUCGGUAUCCGCAGCAGUACCAGCCCUCACCUCUCCCGGUGCAUUAUGAGCUGCUCCCCGAUGGAUAUACCCGGCACCGAAACCUGGAUGCUGACCUGCGAGUCCGGGAUAGGACCCCUCCGCAUCUCUUGUACUCCGACCGAGACCGGACCUUUUUGGAAGGGGACUGGACCAGCCCCAGUAAAAGCUCUGACCGCAGAAACAGUCUGGAGGGCUACAGUCGCUCCAUGCGCAGCCGGAGCGGUGAGCGCUGGGGAGAUGGGGACCGGGGCCUGCCCAAGCCCUGGGAGGAGAGGCGGAAGCGGAGGAGCCUUUCCAGUGACCGUGGGAGGACCACCCACUCUCCUUAUGAGGAACGGAGCAGGACCAAGGGUGGUGGGCAGCAGGCCGACCGAGGCUCCGACCGCACCCCUGAGCGCAGCCGCAAGGAAAACCACUCCAGUGAAGGGACCAAGGAAUCGAGCAGCAACUCCCUCAGCAACAGCAGACAUGGGGCUGAGGAGCGGAGCCACCACCACCACCACGAGGCUCCGGAUUCUUCACAUGGGAAGAAGACACGAGAGAGCGAGCGCAAUCAUCGGACCACUGAGGCUGAGCCCAAGCCUCUGGAAGAGCCAAAACAUGAGACCAAAAAGCUCAAGAAUCUUUCAGAAUAUGCCCAGACACUGCAGCUGGGUUGGAAUGGGCUUCUGGUGUUGAAAAACAGCUGCUUCCCGACAUCUAUGCAUAUCCUAGAGGGAGACCAGGGUGUUAUCAGCGGUCUCCUCAAAGACCACACUUCUGGGAGUAAACUGACUCAGCUGAAGAUUGCGCAGCGCCUUCGACUGGACCAGCCCAAACUGGACGAGGUCACUCGACGCAUCAAGCAGGGGAGUCCCAAUGGCUAUGCAGUGCUCCUAGCCACCCAGGCCACCCCCAGUGGCCCUGGCACUGAGGGGAUGCCCAUGGUAGAACCAGGCCUACAGAGGCGGCUUCUCAGGAACCUGGUCUCCUACUUAAAACAGAAGCAGGCGGCGGGGGUGAUCAGCCUGCCAGUGGGUGGGUCCAAGGGCAGAGACAGCACGGGCAUGCUCUAUGCCUUCCCACCCUGCGACUUUUCACAGCAGUACCUCCAGUCAGCACUAAGGACAUUGGGCAAGCUAGAAGAAGAACACAUGGUGAUAGUCAUAGUAAGAGACACUGCCUAGCCCAAAGCCGGCCUUUUUCAGCUCCAUAUUUGUGUCACAAAAGCAGUUAUUUUAAAAUCUGAUCCCCUCUUAUCCCUUGGUUUGAAUUCUCUGCUGGGUUAUUUUGGUUCCUUGGGUGGACGACCUAAGUUCUUAGGUUUUGGGGGUUUUUUUACAGCGAUGAGAAGGGACUCUUGUCAUGUUGACUUCUAGUGUAUGAGAUACUGUCUGCUGUGUUCUGUAUUUUUUUAUUUUUUGACUAACUGUAUGGAAAGUUGUCAGUAAAGCCUUUGUCAGAGGAUGGAUUUUUAA